AUGGAGGACAAAAAGGAAAAACUUCCAGAUGUACUGGGGGCACAGAGUGAUAAUGAUGUCCAGCAUAUAGAGGAAAACCUCAAAGUCUCGGUGGCAGGCAAGAUCAAUCAAGGAGAAGAUAGUGAACUGUAUCUUGAAGCCAUUCAAAGAUACCCUAACGAUGAGGCUAUCGACAGAGAAGCGGAAAGAAGGUUGAAACGCAAGCUUGACAUCCGCCUCCUUCCACUUCUGGGCAUAUGCUACUUCUUCUAUUAUGUUGACAAAACGACACUUUCCUACGCCGCGAUCUUUGGCAUCAAAGACGAUCUCCAUCUAUCCGGUUCAGAAUACUCGUGGCUAUCAAGUAUUUUCUACUUUGGAUGGCUGGCUUGGGCAAUCCCAUCUAAUCUUCUCAUGCAACGAAGCCGGAUGGCUUGGUAUCUCGCCUUUAACAUCUUCAUGUGGGGCGUGCUUCUCAUGUGCGAGGCUGCAUCGCAGAACUUCGGCGCGCUUGCAGCAUUGAGGAUAAUUUCUGGAGCGUUUGAGGCAAUUGCCGACCCUGCUUUCAUGCUCGUUGUCUCUACAUACUAUACCCGUGCUGAGCAACCAUGGCGUAUUUCGGCAUACUAUCUAUGGAACGGUAUUGGUAUUGCCGGUGGCGGUCUGAUUGGUUAUGGAAUUGGCAAUAUCAAAGGUGGUCUUCAAUCUUGGCGCUACGAGUUCCUCAUCAUCGGUGCUCUUUGCGCUGCUUGGGGGAUUGCAAUCGGCCUCCUGUUACCUAACUCACCCUCAACAUUUUGGGGUUUCAAUCGUGAAGAGAAGCUCCUGAUGAUUGCCCGACUGCGAUCUAAUCAGACCGGUAUUGAGGGACGAAAAGUUAACUGGGGUCAGGUCAAAGAGGCGUUUCUCGAUUAUAAGACGUGGCUAUUCACCAUCUUGGGCUUCCUUGCCAACGUGCCAAACGGCGGAAUAUCUAACUUCUCUACUUUGGUCAUUCAAGGCCUCGGGUUUGACACACUCAAUACUGCACUUCUCGGCAUACCCCAGGGAGUAAUCGUCGUCAUUUGGAUUGUCCUUGGAGGAUACGCCAACCAAUACAUGCCGAAGAAUAGCCGGACUCUAGUCUGCGCACUGUUCAUGGUUCCGACGAUUGCGGGCGCCCUCGGUUUCUUGCUUGCCCCAGACAAUGCAUAUGUUGGCCGACUAAUCUGCUUCUAUCUCACUGGAUCAUACCAAGCAUCCUUCGUGAUAUCUCUCUCCCUUGUUACUUCCAACACUGGUGGACAGUCCAAGAAGAUGAUCGUAUCUGGUAUGAUCUGGUUCGGAGCAUGCAUUGGCAACAUUGCUAGUCCCUUCUUUUACAAAUCUGAGCAAGCACCGGCAUACCCCUUGGGUAUCGGCUCUCUGUUGGUUGCCAACUGCCUUGAGCUCAUACUUUUCUUUGUUCUUCGUUAUGCGUUUAUCUGGGAGAACCGACGAAAGGAGAAGAUGCGCGAGGAAUUGCGGGAGAGAGGGGCCGAGGCUGAGCUUAUGGCCGAUUCCACGGCCUUCGCUGAUCUUACUGACGCGCAGAACCCGAAUUUUGAGUACGUAUACUGA